GACCUUGGCUCUCUCUGACGCCUUUCCCCAAACCCCACCUCAUGGCAACCGAGUCGGGGAUAUAAAUUAUAGAAGAAGGUCCCCUGGAGUGCUUCUACAAUUCUUAGCCAUGACACGGAUAGUAUUAUCAACCGGCAACAUUAUUACAGGUGGCCCCUCUAUCAUCCGAAAGCCCGGCACGACAAGGUCGAAUCUCGAACUUGUGAAUUCGUUGAGGAAUAACUUCCAAGCCGCACAACAAGACUAUGCUGGCAGUCCCACCAGCACUAAUGGUGAUAAGAAGGAGAAUGGGCAUCCAGUAUGCGAGAACAGUCGGCCGAGGAUAGAUGCCUGGACUGCGACGGAAGACUCCGUCUUGUACAUCCCGCGCAUCGAUUGGACGGCCGCCGGCCUGCAAGAAGACCGCGCCCAGUACGAAAUCACUGUCAAAUUAUUUUUCCUGCCCACCGCCCCGGUGGUCAAGCGCGCAGAGUAUAUUGACGAGGCAUUGCGACUUGUGACAAAAGAACUCGGGGUAGAGAAUGUCGACCUCUUGAUCGCGUCAUUUCCCGGCAUAUCGUUCGAGGGGGACUGCGAAUGGGAAGCAGAUAAGAUAAAUGCGACGAUGGGAAAUGAUGAAGAGGAGGUCGUGACGUGGGCCGCAUUGGAGAACCUGUACGAGCAAGGAAAGGUUGCUCGGCUGGGCAUUGCCGAAUUCGGUAGCGAGAAGCUGCAGCGCUUCAUCAGCCAAGUCAAAGUGCCGCCGGCCGUCGACCAAAUCAAUAUCAAAGACUGCUGCAGCGUCCCUCCGCCCUUGACAAAGCUCGCCACCAGCGCAGGAAUCGAACUACUUACUCAUGGUGACUGCACCGAUAUAUUACCCAGUGGUACGUUACGAGAACUUCUAGGACAUGGCGCGCAGGGUGCCGGCAUCCUCGCCGGUGAUGAGAAAACGCAGAAUGGCCUCCAAGGCAAUCUCAUUCCUCAAUGGGUAGCCAAGUAUACUGCUUUCGUCAAUUAUAGAGGCGUCAUCGAGAAUAAGGGCUAUUUUGCGGGAGCCGAAUUGGUAAACGCGUAGAAACGGUCUGCAUUUGCAUUUCUCUGAGCACAUUCAGGAUUGUGUGCGCUUAAUUCUGGACAUCAUGGCGUUGAGCAGGUUGCAUAGAUCAUAUUUGGAGCAGAACAAGUCAGCCAUACAU